AUGAGGGAGGCAAGGCUUAAACUAGAGAAAGAAAUGCAUCAGGCGAGAAUUGAGCAUGAGAUGGCUAUGAAGAAACGGGAAAUACAACGACGUCGAGAUGAGCUUCGGAAGCUUGAAGAAGAAGUUUUUGGUAAUGAUAUUGAACAUCAACUGUCGGACAGGGAAAGUAGUAGUAACGCUCGUGAACCAGAUAAAAACCCAGUCCAGCAACCUUCAACCCCAAUCGACAGAAGCAGUUUAAGUCAGCGCUUGGCGAUACCUCCUACCGGAAAUUGUGUACCCCAAGAAAGUAUAAUAACCAGUGGAACUGGAUGUCAAACUCAGCAAAGCUUGCAACGAGACAAUUCGUCGCAGUUACAAUAUCUAUUAGAGAAGCAGCAGAUUACGAUGGACGAAGUAGUGAAGGGAUUAAGAAUGCCUCAAAGGAAAUACAUGAGUUUUGAUGGCGAACCUCGCAACUUUCCGUUGUUCAUGAAGAAUUUUGAAGUGAAUGUCGAGAGUAAAGAAAGUAAUGAUGCAGAUCGACUGAAUUACCUUAUUCAGUAUUGUAAAGGAACAGCAAGACAAGCGAUAGAGCAUUGCAUCAUUAUGCCUCCGGAUCAAGGAUACAAGCGUGCUAAGGAAAUCCUGAGAAAAAACUUUGGUCGAAAUCACAUCGUAACCCAAGCAUUCCUUGAGAAAGUCUUGAAUGGACCGCCAAUUAGAGUAAACGAAGCCGAGAAAUUGUCGCAGCUAGCAAGAGAUAUGGAAACGUGUCUCCUUGGUUCUAUUCAGUUAGGAAAUCGGGCAAGUAUCAAUUCGAUGGACACUCUGGGAAGGGUAGUUAGCCGCCUUCCAAUGCAUCUCAAGUCAAAAUGGGCUGAUAAAGCAAGCCAUAUGUACGACAAUCACAUCACACCAGAUUUCUCUCAUUUAACUGAAUUCAUACAAUCCCGCGCAGCCGUGGCUAGUACGUACUUUGGUCAAAUGAUUACCUCGAAAAAUGAAACCCGAAAGGAUGGAACUGACAGAUUGAAGAAGAAAUCCUUCUUGUUUAGUGGGAAUAGCACAAACUUAGCAACUCACAGCCAGAGAAUAUUUGACAGUAGUGAAUCAAAGGAAGAAAUUUAUCCUGCGUACUAUGCAAAGCAACGACAAGACCUAGUAAAGACGCACAAAGUUUGUCAUGCUUGCUUGAGCCCAGGACAUUUCGUGAAAGACUGCAGAGGUGCCCGCAUAUGCGGUGUUGAAGGUUGUCAGAGAAGGCACCAUCCUUUGUUACACUCAUCCGAAAUAAAGGCUAAGGAUUCUAAAUCAAGUGAAAGGAGUAAUCCAAAUCCUGAACCAUCUGAAAGCGACAGCCAAUCCAAAGCACUCCCAACGUCUGGAGUUGGCGCGACAAAUUCAUCAUAUAGCAGUUGUCGUAUAGGUUUGCAAGUUAUUCCAGUUAAGGUCAGCGCACCCUAUGGUAGUCGUGUGAUAGAAACUUAUGCGUUCUUAGACAGCGGCUCCAACACAACCAUGUGCUUAACCAGUUUAGCUGAAGAUCUUGGAGCCGAUUGCUCACCCAUCGAAUUCACGUUAGCGACUGUUUCAGGCAGCCACAAAAGUAAGGGUCAACAGUUAUCUCUCGAUGUGGUUGGAGUAUCCACGGGCAAAGGUGUCAGACUAGAUAAAGUUUGGACGACCAACACUCUUCCUGUUGCUCUAGAAAGUAUUCCCACGAACACUGAUGUAAAGGGUGGUCUCACCUUAAAGGCUGCGUUCUGGGAAAAGAAAUCAACCCUACGCAAUACGGACAAUCCUCGGUUGGACGGUGAUGGGACCUCUGAAGGAAAACCUUAUCAAGAAGCUCAGAUGAACUUCAUUCAUGUUGAUCAAGCUCUUGGGUGUAUGGAAAGGGAAGAUGGUAUGAGUUCCAUUCGUCAGCAAUUGCAAAAUCUCUACAAUUCAGAGUUUAGCGAGUCGGCUGCUGACGUUAAAGAAUGUCUGUCGGUCGAGGAUCGUCGCGCAAAGGCAAUAAUGGAUAGAACUGUCAAGCUAGAAAAUCAUCAAUAUGAAAUUGGUCUUCCUUGGAAAUACGAUGACCCACUCUCCCGUACAAUAAGUCUAUGGCUGAAAGGAGACUUGCUUAUUUGA